GCAAAACAAAGAGGGAGACCGCAAAUUCAAACUAGCCGCCAAGAUUUGACAAUUGAGCAUCGGUGGGUGUCGCUGGUGUUGUUAGUAGUGUCAAAAUGGCUGCUAGCGAUGAUGAACCUAUGCACCAUUUAUAUGAAGUAUUUACAACUUGUUUUAAUAAAAUAGCAAACAAAGCACCAGAAAAACCCGGAUUCCAGCCUCCAUAUGGGGGGAUAGAUAACGGAAUGGCUUACGCGUUAAGCCCCGCGGGCCCCGUGUACACAGGACCGGGCGCGAGCCCCACGCAGGGGGGCGGCGAGCCGUUCGCCGCCGACAGUCCGUAUUUUCCGUUUAGCGCGCGUCCCGGCCCGGGCGGCCGCCUCUCGUCGGCCGCGUCGCCCGCCAAACCGAAGGCGGGCGGCCUCAGACCGAGCAAAGAGGAGCCGCAGCAUCCGCCGCCGGCCAGCAUCGAAAAUCAGCAGUGGGGAGUGUAUGGUUCAGAUGAAUUCGGCCACGACUCGCCUCGAUACACGUCGCCGGGCGGAGGCGGCGUGCCGGGCGGCGGCGGCCCGACCGGCGGUUACUACAUGGGCGGCGACGCGGUGCCGACGGCGUCGGUGGGCGACUGGACGCCCGCCGGCUACAGCAACUCCUACGGCCAGUACGAGGCGUACGGCCUGAUGCCGGAACAGGAAGUGGCGGGCGGCGAGCUGCCGCAAGGACUUCCGCCCAUGUCCUCGUUGAGGCCGAACGGCACGCCCAACGCGCAGCCGCAAUUCGGACCGCCGCCAAACCACGCCGAUCCCGUCGUCAACAAAGCCCUAGGAGCAAUAUAUCCGACAAGCGCAAGUAGUUAUAGUUCAGCACCGUCGACGCCACCAGUGAGCUCGCCGCCCCCUCUAGCGCCAUCCGGAUGGCUCACCACGCCGCACACCAACCCCCACUCGCCGCCCCACUACACGCAGACCGUCAAUGUAAAUAACGUCGCCGCCACUCAGGGAUUACACAUGGCUCCUGCCCCUGAAGCGCAACGUUUAGAUGACGCUAUUGGCUUUUUAAGGGACCACGCCGAAGUGAACGGCACUCGUAUGGAGGAAAGACUGGACGACGCGAUAAACGUAUUGAGAAAUCACGCGGAACAGCAGCUGAUUUUAGGGCAGCUUCAACCCAACAAUUUGCCGCAGCAGCACAUGACGCAGCUCGGCUAUUCGGCACCGCCAGCGGCCGAUCCGCAUCUGAACGACCCAGUCAAAGUUGAACGGCCCACAUACAACACAAAAAAACGCAAGGAACCGCCAGAUAGUGAUACGAAACCAUCUAGUUCAGUAGAAAGUAUAGUACAACCAAAUUCAACCAGCGGACCUCCACCGAAACAGUCAAAACGCUCUAGGAGAUAUUGUUCAAGUAAUGCCGAUGAUGAUGAAAUUGAUGACCCAUCCAACAAGGCCGUACGCGAAAAAGAGCGUAGACAGGCCAACAAUGUUCGUGAACGGAUACGUAUUCGCGAUAUAAACGAGGCCCUGAAGGAAUUGGGCAGAAUGUGCAUGACGCACCUGAAAACAGACAAGCCGCAAACGAAAUUGGGCAUCUUAAACAUGGCUGUGGAAGUUAUCAUGACCUUGGAGCAGCAAGUUAGAGAAAGAAAUUUAAAUCCGAAAGCCGCGUGUUUAAAACGACGGGAAGAAGAAAAAGCGGAAGACGGACCCAAAAUCGGACCUGGACCACAUCACAUGCUCUCUGCGCAACACUAUGCCACAAUACCCGGUGCCCCAAGCAAUAUGGGGCAUAAUCCGGGCCUGCCGCCCCAAUAGCAUUGCCAGUAAGAUGGCGGCGGCUGCUGAGGCAUCAUCACAGCUACCUGUACAUACACUCGUACAAAAAACCAUUGUCAUGUUCAUCAUAAUUGCAUCAUCCAUGCAUAAACUAUAUUAUAUUUUUUUAAGAAUAUUAUGUAGUGAUAAAAUUAUUAUAUUAUUGUCACUAUCGGUUUUUACAUUUUGUUUCUUUCUCUCUCCACACAUUCAAGAACACUGUAUUCGCAGAGUUCUUGUAAUCAUUUUUUAAUAUGACAGUUUAAAUGACAGCUUUAUACAUUUAUUUUAUUUUUUUAAUUUAUAUUUUUACUUAAUAUACCUUAAUCGAUUAAAUUAUAUGCGGUUUGAGAUGCGUUUGUUGAUCAAUUUCGUGUGCCAAAUUCGCAUUCACUGAAUAAAUACUUUUAUCGAUAUCGUCCGGAUCGACUUCCGUAUUAACUUUUGAUCUCUAUUUUUAUUUGCCAUUUUUUUAAGUGACAUAUUUUGUUUUAGUGGUAUUUACUUUUUUACUAUAUAAAUUGUGCCAUUAAAUAACAAUUUGACUUGAACAAUGAACUUAAUAAUGAUGUGAUAGUGUGUAACAAGUUAUUUUGUAUCUCAAACUGCAUAUAACGAUAGUUAAAGUAAGUGCGAGAAUAACGCGCCAGUAUUCGCAAAUCUUUUUUUAUAUAUUUUUUUUUUAAUUAUGCGAGUGCAGGUUAGUUUUACUUUUUUAUUUGUUUAUAAACUGAUUUUUUAACCAAUCAGGCAACUUCAAAUAAUAUUACAUAUUUAAGCUACAUAAAUAGGAAAAUCUUAAUAAUAAAUCCUAGCUCUUCUAGAAUUUAUUAAUGAAACAUUUUGGUUUAUUUAAAGUUGCCUGACAUUUAUUUUAUAUGGAUUUUGCGCAAGCUUUUUAUUUUUUAGAUUUUAAAGUAGUUGUAUAUAAAAUUUGAAGUUUCUCCAAAUAUAUUGUAAAUACGUAGUUUUCCGUCUUAAAAAUACAUCAAAUCAGUUUAUAAGCGACAAUAUUUUUGGUUUAAUAUUUGAACCAAUGUUAGAUCUUGAAAAACAAUUCUUUUACUUAUGUAUAUAUUUUUCACUUAAUUAUUUUGCCACUUGAAUUGUUUUUACCACUACGCAAUAUCAACAUUUAAGAGCCAUAUGCCAAUGCAUCAAAUUUCAAAUUUUCUUUGUGUAAUAAUUCUCUUUACAUAUUAUUUUUAAUAACAAGUAAACAUUUUAAUUUUAGUACAUUUUUUGAUCAAUAAUUUCAGUAAAUUUUGUUCAAUUUUAAUUUUAAGUUUAUAUAUUUUAGCAUAACUUUUUAGGUAGAUUUUUUAAGAUAAACUCACUGUUUAUUACUUUAGUUUUUUAGUGAAUUAUAUUUAUAUUAUUGUUUUGAUUGUUAAGUAUAUUUUUAAUUAUUUCAAUUGGCCAAAUGUACAAAUUAAUAAUGGUAUUUUAUUUGAAUAAAUUACAAAAACGACAUAAACAAAUUUUAACUGGGUUUUAUCAGUAGUAUUUGUAAUUUACUAAAGAAUGAGGAUUUUUUUUAAUAAACUUACUUAAUUUAGCAAUAUGUUGUUGGACCUUUCGAUUUAUUCAAAUAAUCUAUGAAUACAGUUGAAAUAGUUAAGUAUUAUUUUGUUGUAUCCUGAAAAUUUAUCAGUUUUAUAAGUUUUUUUACUUGCAAUAUUUUUAACUGCAUAGUAUAUUUUUAACUUAAAAAUAACUUAAUUAAAUACCAGUGUUAGUUUGAUGGAUUCCAGUGGCAGCCAUUCUUUAAUUUUUAUUAUUUUAUCAAUUGGCAGCAUAAAAUUAAGCACUGACCAUUUUUGGCACUAAAUUAUUUAGAUAUUUAUAUAGUUUUGCUGUAAGUGAACCUAAACAGUUUUUAAUGAUACUUAAUGUAACAAAACUUGUUGGGUCCCUUGUGACUACGCCUGACAGUUUUUGUUUAGUUUAGGGUAAAUUUAUAGCUUAAUUAUGUAUUGGCAGCCAUUUUUACGAUUUUACGUUUUCCUUAAGAAUUUCCAGUAUUGGUGCAAAUAUGAUUUCCUCGGGACGAAGUUGUGUUAAUUUUUUUAAAGGUCGCCCGUUGUCCCCUACGAAUUCUGUAAAAGUGUUGUACGCAUUUUAUAUUAUAUAUUUUUGUAGAAAUGGGACAGCGGCCAAUGGGAGGGACCUUUAAGAAAUGUUGUCCUGUUGGUACUCUCGUUAAGUGAUUAGACAAUUUGUAAAGCUUACCCUAACCUGUAUAAACGUUUAAAGCGGAUGUGUUUUUAAGUAUAUAAAAAAAAGUAUAUAUGAAUGAAAUAUUGCGUGAUGAGAGUUCAGUUAGGUUAUACAGCUAGACUAUGACUUAAAAAUAAAAUGAUUAUCAAACUAUAUGUAAUAUACAAUACGUACAUAAUAUACUAUGUGCCAUUUUUUGUAAAUAUUGUCUUAUUUUUACCCACU